AUGCCACCGACGGGCAGUCUCGCGCUGAUGGCAGUCGCAGUGGCAGUGGUGGCGGUGGCGGCGGAGCGAGGCCCGCGGGUGGUGUUGGUGCCGGGCGAGUGGGUGGUCGCUCCCGCCCCCGCCCACCCGCCGCCCGCGACGUGGAUCUUCUUCUGGGCGUGCCGCCCGCCCCAGUGGCCGUCGGUUGGGGUGCAGCCGCCUCCAGGUGGGGGCCCAGGAGGGUGCGGGUGCCACGCGGCGGGCUCGGAGGAGGCGACGUGCGACAUCGUGACGGGCCAGUGCCGCUGCCGCGCGGGCGUGGAGGGCCGCGCGUGCGACCGCUGCCGCGCGGGCCACUGGGGGCUGGCGGCCGGGCGCGGCCGCUGCGAGCCCUGCGCCUGCGACCCGCUCGGCGCCUACGGCCCCGACUGCGACCAGCGCACGGGCCAGUGCCGCUGCCGGCCCGGCGUGGACGGCGCGCGCUGCGACACCUGCCUACCCAGGCACUUCGGCUUCUCCGCCGCCGGAUGUCGA